AGCGGGACUGCGCCUUUCCUCUCUGAUCAGCCGGUCUCUACGUGGCUUUUUUUAAAAGCCAAUAUACAGCGCUCUAUAUACAAAACACAACAUGAUGUCCCUCUCUGGUUUAGGCACUGCGUAACCAAUUUAUAAACGGAACCAGGGAGGAAUCGUUUGUCCAGAUUCUGGUGGAGGUUUGCAGAAGAGACGCCGGAAAGAAACUUUUUAUUAUUAUUAUUUUUAUUUUUCUUGGUAAAUUCUGGGGUGGAGGAACAUCCCUGGCUUUGAUCCAAGACAGCAACCAAACCUAGUAAAAGCAGGACCUCUAGUCAUGCUGGGCGGUGAAGGAGAAAGCAGCGCAUUUUCUGCAAAAGACGCACCGGAUGAGAUGCGCAAGUCUCCAGCCGCGGCUGGAGAUGAGCCGCCUCCUGCAAGCAGGUACACCGAGCACGGGAUGGGCGCUGACCGCUACUACAUCCCAUCUACAAUUUCCAAGCAAAGCCCGGAAGCAGCAAACCCCUGCUCUUUUUUCCCGUACACCCCUGGUGGGACGGUGUACACCCCGUCCAGUGCUGGCAGGUAUCCUUCAUCUCUCCACUUGGGCUCCAUGUUGCCUCCAGCGGGAUUUUCUCCCUCAGCCGGCGGGCGCAGCCACUUCAGCCCCUCUUAUCAACUCGGACAGAGUCCCGGCUGUAUCUACCCUCCUUACACCGGGUCGGGGUCUGCCCUCAGCAACAUGGCUCUGCCCAGCUCCGGUCCAGGGGUGAGGGCUCAGGUCUACCUCUGCAACCGACCACUGUGGCUCAAGUUCCACCGGCACCAGACAGAGAUGAUCAUCACCAAGCAGGGCAGGCGGAUGUUCCCAUUCCUGAGUUUUAACAGCACUGGUCUGAAUGUGACGGCACAUUAUAACGUGUUUGUGGAGGUGGUCCUGGCGGAUCCAAACCACUGGAGAUUUCAGGGGGGCAAAUGGGUCACCUGUGGCAAGGCGGACAACAGCAGCCAAGGGAACAAAGUCUACAUCCACCCCGAGUCCCCAAACACGGGGGCCCACUGGAUGAGGCAAGAAAUCUCCUUCAGCAAACUCAAACUCACAAACAACAAAGGAACCAGUCACAACACAUCCCAGAUGAUUGUUCUGCAAUCACUGCACAAGUACCAGCCUCGGCUGCACAUUGUGGAGGUGACAGAGGAUGGCGUAGAGGACAUCAACAGUGAAGUGAAGACCCAGUGCUUCACUUUUCCAGAAACCCAGUUCAUAGCUGUCACUGCCUACCAGAAUACUGACAUUACACAGUUAAAAAUUGAUCACAACCCCUUUGCCAAAGGAUUCAGAGAUAACUAUGAUUCGAUGUACACAGCUCCAGAGAAUGAUCGUCUCACUCCAUCUCCAACUGACUCUCCCCGUGCCCACCAAAUUGUCCCAGGCACACGCUAUACAAUGCAGCCACUCUUCCAGGACCAAUUUGUCAAUAACCUUCCCCAGAAUCGCUUCUACAACUGUGAAAGAGCGGUGCCACAGACUAACAGCCUUCUUUCACCUCAGACAGAGGACGGGGCAUCACAGAGGUGGUUUGUCACCUCUAUGCAGCAAGCAGCAAACUGCACAAGUGCCAGCAACAAGCUCGACCUGACACCCUAUGAGGGGGAAUAUUCAAGCCCCCUCCUUCCCUAUGGUAUCAAAUCUCUUUCCAUGCAAACCUCUCAUGCUCUCAGCUACUACCAAGACUCUCCUUUCUCCACCAUGUCUGCUGGGUGGGGAUCAAGAGCAACAUACCAAAGAAAAGUCACCCCGAGUUUACCGUGGUCUCCCAGGCCAAGCCCCACUGCUGGCUUUCCAGAAGACUCAGACAAAGCUAAACCCCAGAUAGAGGAGGCGGUGAAUGGUAGUGAGGCUAUGAUCAGCUCCUGGACAGAGAACCAAGCAUCAGCCCUUUCCACAGACAAGGCUGAUUCAUAUUCCAUGGCCUGCAAGCGAAGGCGUUUGUCUCUUAAUGGUCCCAGCACGGAGGACUCGCCCACCAAGUGUGAGGACUUAGCCUCUGUUGCCACCAAUAGUUCCUACAGUAAAGAAGCCCCCCAGCCCAAAGCCAUGGCAGCAUACUAUUCAUUUUACACAAACCCUUAAGUUUUUCCUCAGAAAAUGGCCUUAUUUUGUUUGUUAUUCAUCUACCAUAAUAAAUAAGAGCUAUUUUGCUUUUGUUGUGUGAGUUUGGGCAGCUAAAGUUGUUUGUUUUGCUUUGUAGCAAAACAGGAAAUAACAAGGAUAUUAUAAAAAAUAAUCACUUAAAAAUUCAUGAGAUGGUGAUAUAUAUACAUUGAGGUCAAGGGUUAAGUUUUUUCCCCUUUCUUUUCCUUUGGUCUGUUUUUCAUUUUAUAGUCCUCCUAAUUAAAUCCUGGUUUUAAGUUCUAAAACAUUUGUUAAAAGUGCCCUCUUGAAGGAAAAAAAGUGAUAUAUGGUUUGUUGUUGCAUACAUUUGUGUAUCUACCUUGACAGUGAGAUUAUAAUUAUGUGCUAACAGAUUAUUUAUUGAAGGCUUAUUGAUAUGACAUGCGUGUACUCUUUAAAUGUGAGUAUGCUGUAAAUAACUUCACUGCAAAGUUCUGAUAUUUGAUAAUAAAAUACAUAUGUGUUCUAUUGGA